UGUCACGGCAUCAACUUUUUGCCCACGUACGAAAAUGAAACGUUGAAUUGUUAACUCUGAGAAACAGACUCACAUGGAAGAAACUCACCAAGAGACGCCGCCUUCUAAAUGAGCAGGUAGGGGCUCAUGUGGAACACCGCGGGUUACAGAUUCCUCGAGAAAAUCUUUUGAGGGCUCCAGGAUGAAGGAUUCAUCAGAUGAGGAGGACGUGUCGCUGGGCUGCUCCACUUUAACCUUGAGUCCUCUGGUACCUGAGUCACCGCCUCUCCGCCGCUCCCAGCCCAUCUUAAUUAGCACAAACAGGAAGAAAGGAGGUGAAGUUUUGUCUUCCUCUGAGUCCCCCAUUCCAAACCCCUUUCCCGAGCUGUGCAAUCUUUCAUUGCCCAGCGGUUCACUUCCAUCAGAAUCAAGUGACAAAUUUGUGAUUAAAGUCUAUGGAGACGAGAGCGCCUAUAAGACUAUAUUGAUUGGUCGCCAAGCAACAGCCAGAGAAGUGUGCCAGCUGUUGGUCCAGUCAGCUCACUGCAGCAAUGAGGACAACUGGGCGCUUCUCGAGAUCUAUCCUACUCUGGGCCUAGAGAGAUGUCUGGAGGACCACGAGAUUGUACUGGAGGUUCAGGCCACCUGGUCUGACAAGGUUGAGGCGAGAUUCAUGUUCUCCAAAAACUAUGACAAGUAUGAGUUCUUCCAUAUACAGUGGCGCUUCUUUGCAAAUGGAAUGAUAUCAGACAGCGAGGAUGCCAUGAAGAAGACGACAUCAACAGUGUUCAUUCGGGAGCUGACCUCGAAUGUGAAAUCUCCUCAGAUCAAGGGAUUUUUCUACUUAAAGGGAUACUUUAAGACGUCUUGGAAGAAGAUGUUCUUCACCCUCCGACGGUCUGGUCUUUACAUAUCCACCAAGCAAACGGGUGAUCAGCAUCUAAAAGAAUUUGCUAAUCUAAAUGUUUCAAACGUGUACAAAGUGGUUGACGGCUGCAAACGAUAUGGAGCUCCUACUGAAUUCAACUUCUGCAUCAAGCCCACCAAGAGUCAAGGCCAAGUAAAGGAUUUAAAGAUCAUGUGUGCUGAAACUGAAGAGAUGCGAAAAAUGUGGAUUUGUGCUUUCAGAUUGUUCAAGUGUGGGAGGCAAAUUAAGCUAAACUAUAAUGCGGUGUCAGAGUCCAAACUGGCUCCACGAACCCCAGUAAGCCCAAAGCUCACGGAGAGCAAAUCAGAGUCAGAGAAUAGCUUGGUGGCGAUGGACUUCACAGGUAAAGCUGGAGGACGUAUCAUUGAAAACCCGACGGAGGCUCAGAAUGCAGAGCAGGAGGAAGCACAGGCCUGGAGGAAGAGAGAAACCUUAAGGUUCUGCCAGCCCAACACAAACUCUGAGCCUCAGGAUUUCUCCUUUCAUGAGACCCACCCAUGGUUUUAUGGUGGUUUGACCAGAAAUGAAGCAGAGAAGCUGAUAGAGAAGCAGGGGCUGGUAGAUGGGAUGUUCCUGAUGCGUAGAAGCCAACAGCAUGAGAACUGCUUUGUGCUGUCGUUGUGUCAUGAGCUGAAGGUCAAACACUUUAUCGUGAUCCCGGUUUUGGAGGAUGGAAAAAAGUACCUCACUUUAGACGAUGGCAAGACUCGGUUCAUCGACCUCCUGCAGCUGGUGGAGUUUUACCAAAUCAACAAGGGCGCCCUGCCUGUGUGCCUCACACGCCCCUGCAUCUGUGUGCCGCUGUGAACUCCCUCUGCUCUCUGGACCGCUUCAUUUCACAACAAUAUCCAUCAAGGAAACAGAUCAUCCCAGUGAGAUGAAGCUGUCGGAGCUGUGGGCAUGAGUAUGAACCAGAGAUGAAGCAUUUCAUCCGCUCCUCCCCACUUUGUUUUUUUUUUUUUAUUAUUUUUCCCACAACAUGGGUCUGCACAGACACUGGCUGGUUUUUAUUUUAAUUAAUGAGCAGCCGUCCCUAUAGAGACAUCUUAAUUAGCCAUGUUGGACAGGCUUUCAGCGCUAUGAGGGGAGUGUUUGGAGAAGAUGGAGUGUGAACUUUACUUUCAUUCAGUGCCACACUGUUGCUGUGAUAAAGAGCUGAGCAGCUUUACAUGAGUAGGAGCUUCAGACACCCCUGAAUGCAUCUCCAUCAGAGAACUGUGGACGGUAGAGGGCGCUCUGAGUAUGAGUGGGCUUCCUUGGUUGUGGAAAUCAAAAAGGAAGAAACUAAUGUUGCAGUCAUGUAGCAUAUAAGCUCCAGAGAUGGGUUUUUUUAAUUGCACGUUAGGGCUUUAACAGGAUCAAAAUAAAUUCAAUAAAAAAAUUGAGACCUGCACUGAUUUAUGCUGUUAUGGGAUCUGCAAUGUUUUCAAUUUUCACACAUAAUAAAUCCAGAAAAGCUUAAUGUUAAGGUUGAGGAUUUCUCAACGCUAACUCCACAGAAAGACCAUUAAAUUACCUCAGGUAAAGACACUCAGGAAAGACUUUAAAAAAUACAUAAAUACAUGUCUGUAGCUCUUAACAAUAUAUAUUAAUUUUCUGCAAAGAUAUUCUGAAAAACCAUCUUUAUACAGUAUUGGCAUUUCUACAGAAAUGUGUUAAAGUGUGUGUUAUAAAUAAGUAACAUUAAGUAAUAUUAAGAUAAUAUUUGUGAUAAACUGUAAUUUUUCAGAAGAACUAUGUAUGUGCCAGUAAAAUAAAAAAAUGCUUUCAUGUGAUUGAUUAAAUUUUUCAGUAUGUUUUA